UUGUGUGAAAGAGAGAAGGCUUAGUUCCUUGAGAAGGCAAGAGAGUAGGAGAGGAAAGGGGAAGCGAUGAAGAAAGGGAUGGAGAUACUGGUAUAUUGAGAAAAAAGCUGAGUAGUUUUAAGGACUCAUUUGGUGGCCAUGGAUCCAACGUGCUCUUCUGAGAGCAUUUAUAACCUCAUACCCAGUGACUGGAAGGAACCUCCCCCGCCUCCUAGGUAUGUAUCAGUUUUUAAGGCAGCUGUAAAAGAUGACAAGCAAAAAUUUAAAACUGCAAUGAAAACUAUGGGACCAGCAAAACUUGAAGUACCUUCUCCAAAGGAUUUCCUGAAGAAACAUUCAAAGGAAAAAACUCUACCGCCCAAAAAGAAGUUUGAACGGAAUGAGCCCAGAAAGCCUCCUGUGCCAUUGAGGACGGACCAUCCAGUCAUGGGGAUACAGAGUGAAAAAAAUUUUAUAAAUACAAAUGCAGCCGAUGUCAUUAUGGGAGUGGCUAAAAAACCUAAACCAGUUUAUGUUGACAAAAGAACUGGAGACAAGCAUGACCUCGAAACUUCAGGACUAGUUCCAAAGUACAUCAAUAAAAAGGGUUAUGGUGUCACGCCUGAAUAUAUACGUAAGCGAAAUGAAGAAGUGAAGAAAGCCCAGGAGGAAUAUGAUAACUAUAUCCAGGAAAACCUCAGGGAAGCAGCUAUGAAAAGGCUAUCUGAUGAAGAAAGGGUGGCAGUUCUGCAGGGGCUGAAAAAGAACUGGGAAGAAGUACAUAAGGAGUUUCAGUCCCUCUCGGUCUUCAUCGACUCCAUACCAAAGAAGAUUCGCAAGCAGAAGCUAGAAGAAGAGAUGAAGCAGCUGGAACACGACAUUGGUGUCCUCGAAAAGCACAAAAUUAUUUAUAUUGCUAAUAAGCAAUAGUGGAUUUUUAAAAAUAUAGUCAUUUUAACAUAGAAAAAAAAAACACACGGAAAACAUAGAAAUUAAAUCAUAAGGUUUUUUCAAAGAUGAAAAUACUAUGAAGAGUAUAAAACUAGUCUUUACCAAAACGCUUAGGCAACGUUUAAAGAAUAAUUGUAUUAUUUACUUACAUAGAGAAAAAAAAAUUUUUUUUUUCACCAGCAUCAGGGUUUCCAUGUAUAACCUGAUUAAAAUUUGAUGUACUUGUUUCAGAUAAACAUUCAUUUCUGGGCCCUGAAAAAUAAAGUCAGCACUCAGAACUUCACAUUUUUUUCUACACUGCGUAAUACAAGGAAUACAAGGUUAAAAACUGUAAAGUAUUUUGAAUUGGAAAUAGUGGUGUAAGCUUUUUUACUACUCUGAAGUAUUUUCUACAUAUUAUUCCAGAGAUCCAAAAAUUACAUAUAUUUUCUGGUAGCCUAUGUCAUUUGCAGCUAUUCACACCUAUAAAUAUUUUCAAUAUCCAUAAUGUUAUAUAUAGGCUGAGAGGUUUACAUUUGGAGGAAGAAAAAUUAAGAAGAUAACAUAAAAUCAAGGAGACAACUUAUAAAUUGUGUCACUAAGGAUUGUUGAAGAGAAUAGCCUUCUUCCUGACAUCCAACUUUUAAAAACUGCUAUUCUAGGUGCUUUAUUCCAUAAUUUACUAUGUGUAUUUCACUAAAAUGGAUAUUACUUUUUCUUUUUGGCUUUCUCUAUUUCAUGAAUUCUAAUGUUUCUAUUUGUAAGGUUACAUAAUUUAUUAAGCAAUAAGUUUAUGUAAGUAGAGCUGUCUUCAACUCAAAAUA